GCCUCUCACAACAACCACGUCCUCCAUCGACUUCCCAUCCAUCUACCACUUCUUCUAGACUUCUUAUCUUUCUACAGCUGUUUUUUUUCCCAGCCUUCACCUUAUUUUUCGAUUCCCAUCGCUUUUGAUACUUGAGUCCCAGUCGCGGUUUCAUUUCUUUUCCUUACAAAAGCUUCUUUGAGCUCAGCCUUUUUUCUUCUCUCCUAACGCGACCCUGAAAAAGUUCUUUACCGCAGUGCAACGCGCUACGACCCUGUUCUCUUCCCAGCACGCCGUGCUCUGCAGCUCUUCUACACCUCUCUAUUCAGAUUAGAAAAAGCUUCUAGACCUCGAUCAGCCUUAGCUAUCGCUAAGAUUCCCAGUCUUAUUCCACGGGACAACCUCAUAUAAUUUAAAUUUUCGUUUAUCCUCCAUACUCGACAAAGUUUUCGAAAUGGCAACCGAAGCUCCAUCUCACGUCAACGGAGCUUAUACCCACCACCAGCCCGCUCCGUACCACGCUGAUCGCUACCCUGCCGCUAAUGCACCGCAUACUCACCAGCCGAGCAACGCUUCGACUCCGGCUCCUCCACCGCAGGAAGCCAAGAAUGACAUCCCCAAGGAAGAAGUUGCGUGGUUCUUCGUCGAACAGUACUACACUACCCUCAGCCGGACCCCUGAGAAGCUUCACCUCUUCUAUUCGCGCAAGUCUCAGUUUGUCUCUGGAAAUGAGGCGGAGAAAGUUGGCGUUUCUGUUGGCCAAACUGCCAUUCAGGAUCGCAUCAAAUCUCUUGAUUUUCACGAUACCAAAGUCAGGGUUUUGAAUGUCGACUCCCAGGCUUCGUUCGAUAACAUCUUGGUAUCUGUUAUUGGAGAGCUGUCUAACAGGUCUGAGCCUCCACGCAAGUUUGUCCAGACCUUUGUCUUGGCUGAACAGAGAAAUGGGUAUUAUGUUUUGAACGAUAUUAUCCGAUUCUUAGUUGACGACGAUGAAGAGGCUAUUGCCGACGAGCAAGACGCCGUGGAGGCCCCGGCCGCAGAGGCUCCUUCUGAGCCAGCCGAACAACAGGCUGCUCCUCAACGGCUUGAGACUGAGCGCCAAGCUGAUACCGAAGCUGCGGCACAGGAAGUUGAUGAGAAGCUUCAGGAGUCCGUGAAAGAAGUUGUUGAGACUAAGCCUGAGGAGCCUGAAGCAGUUGUCGAGCCAGCGCAGGCUGCCGAAGUCACUACUGAAGCUUUGCAGCAGGAGAAGCCCAAGGAACCUGAACCAACUCCCAUCGUCUCACCGCCCAACGCUGCAACCCCUGCUGCUGAAAAGGAGAACGUUCCUCCAGCUAGGCCUGUCUCCAUGACCUGGGCUUCCAUUGCUUCUUCGAACGCCAAUAAAGCUGCCGCUGCCGCGGUCGCCACGCCUGUCGCUGUGCCACAGGCUGCCCCAGCCGCACAGCCUAAGGUCGCAGCUGCUCCUCCCCAGCCAGCUCCUCCCGCUAAUGGUGAGAGCGCUCCAAGCCAGACUUCUUCGACCUCAAGCUCUGAAUGGCAAACUGCCGGCAGAGGUCGCGAUGACAAUGUGCUUGCAUACAUUAAAAACGUUAACGACAAAGUCGAUGCUGCCCUCCUCAAGCAGACUCUUCAGCGCUUUGGUAAGCUCAAGUAUUUUGAUGUCAGUCGCCAACGUAGCUGUGCUUUUGUGGAAUUUGCAGAUGCUGCUGGUUACAAGGCCGCCGUCGCAGCUAAUCCUCAUCAAAUUGGCACUGAACGUAUCACUGUGGAGGAGCGACGUCCACGAGCCACCGCUUACGGAGGCAAUGCUAGUUAUGGCCCUGGUAGGGGUGGUGCUGGCCGUGGACGUGGCGACCGUACCGCUAGUCAAGGUCGUGGUGGAUUUCAGAAAGACUCUGGACGUUUCACUCCUAGAGGCGGCCGCGGCGGCACUAUUACUCCCAAAGGUCGUCCCCAGUCCCAAGCCGCAUGAGUUCUUUCCCUUUUCCUUGCCUCUACGAUUUGUGACAUGAUGGGCUCAAACAAGCCUGUUCUUGUCCUGUACAUUUCACUAGAGAUGCAUAAAUACAUGCCCUCGUGGUAUUUUAUGGUCUUCUGGUGCGUCUAGUUUCUUUUAAGGAGUCACCUGGGGUCGCAUUUUGAGGUGCUUGGAAAAAGCUUUAUUUCUUAUUUUACUUUGUACUCAAAUCCGUUUGACACGUUUCACUUUUUUCCCCCCUUUAAACCUUGACACCUUGUGCUAUUGCAUAUGCUGCUUUAUCAGUUCUCUUGAUUUAAUGUUUGCUUGAGAUGAUCUAGCGAGCAUGGAAACCUUUGUCACGCGCAAUAUGACUUAUUUCUUACUUUUUCUUUUUUUUCUUUUGGGCGCUUUUGCAGGCAUUCCAUGCCCCAGGUUAGCAUUAACUAUUACUUCAACUUUUCUAUGUCGUGGUUUUUCACUCUGUUCUUGUUCUUUAUGGUCGUUUGCAGUUACCUACUUCUGCUGAUACUCCUGUGUAUUAUUUCCCUUUGAUAAAACAUCAUGGCAGCAACAAAAAGGUGGUGCUUAGUGGGCAUUAAUGUCUGAAUGAAAGCGCAAUGACGAUCAAUAGGAUCAGGUAAUAACCCGGCGGAGGUGUGUCAAGGUCUGGUCUGGGGGUGGGGUGAAUGGAGACUUGGCUUUGCAUUUCCGGUGCUGGACGGGACCCUCGUGAGGCUUUGUCUUCGUGAUGUUUCCAUGUACUAUGUUUCAUGUUAGCGAAAUGAAUAAAUUAGCCCCUUAUUUUCAGGUAA